AAACUUAUGAAUUACGAUUUUAAUCACAAUACUUCUAUUGUYUUGGUAGUUAGGCUUAAUGACUUCGUUGUUAGAGUARAKGCUACUACUCUGAGGUAUCCAGUGCUUAACGUGGGCAAAGGUUCCGGACAUAGCCGGAAAAGGGAGAUUCUGCGAAGACGCUUUGAUCCUUGGACAGUUGUUGUUUUGACAKCGUUUAAAGUUUGACUGUAGCYAUGCCAMGKAGUGAUUCUCCMAGUCGCCGGACKUCCAUGGUCCAAGCRCCGGACACCUUACAGCUUACUCAUCAUAAAACGUCGUUAACAGUCAACGAAAGCCGAUAUAACAGAAGACUUUCUACCUCUUCACAGAGCAGUACAAUCUAUGGUCGGAGAAGAUCGUACGCCAUGCCACGAUUCGGCAAUAAUCCUUCAGCUGAAAUGACACCAAAGUUUCUCAACAGUUAUAAAACUGAACCAGACGAAGACAAGCGUUUUCGCGCCAAAGCUGUGACUGAUAUCAUUCAAAAUACUCUCAAAGAGAAACUUGAUGGUAUUGAGUAUUCUUCAGAGCGUGCUCGAAGGAUUGUAGCGCCAAUUAGUGAGGAAAUCAAGGCAGCAGUGAAGACCUUGGGUUUUGAUCGGUACAAACUUGUGUGUGUUGUGCAUAUUGGGUCUUUAAAUGAUCAAGAUUUGCGGAUUGCUAGUCGCUGUUUAUGGGAUGAUGGCUUUGAUCGAGUUGCUUCUUCUUCGUUCUACAAUGAAACUUUGUUUGCAUGUGCCUCAGUGUUCGGUGUUUAUCGCGAAUAACCGAAUCAAUAUAACGGUGCAUACAAGAUGUCACGCCUUGAGAUGUCGGAUUCCUCAAAUAGCUACUAUAUAACUAAAACUUAUCAAACAGGUUUUUGGUAUGAAAAUCAAGGGGACAUUUAUUUAAAAUCACUGAAUAGAGCUACACAAUUACAAUAAUAAAGAGAGAGAGAAGUUUGAACUUUAAUUCUGACAGAAAGACGAGUGCUAUUGUAGGCUGUAUGACUCAUCAUUUGGAAGACUUUUGCAGUAAUGGCAUUCAGCCUUUUCAUUAUUCUAAAAUGUGCGAAGUUCUAGAAACAUCAAAUAUAGUCAAAAGCAGUUAAAAUGGUAAAGUUGGAAAAGCCGAGUUUACUUUUUAUUCCACAAGUUUGACUGCCUAUAAUUUAUUACUAUUGUGCUGCCAUGGAAACGUACCGCGUAAAAGAUAUACCGUGAUAUACUGGAUCUAUACAAUGACAUGGGCGAAGAAACUGGCAUCUGUGUUGACUCGUCGUCGAUAUUCAGUGGUUUUGGACACGGGCUUGCGUGCGGCUUGAAGUGAAAGCAGUUUAGGAGACUGAAUCCAUAAUUGACGAGAGCCCAUGACAUCCAGUCUUCACUGAAGAAAGCAAUUAGGAAGAGCAACGGCUUAAAACUUAUACAACUUAAAACUUAAAAUUAAACAUAUAUAGCUGAUUUAUAUAACUAAAGAAAUGACGACUUGCGUUUUUUAAGUCUUUUUUUACAGGUUUUAAAUUCGCAACCGUCGAAAACUCGGGCUCCCUGUGCUAAUGUUAUAUAGUCCUCUUCGACCUUUUAUAAUUGAUGUGUUUCACUCUAUUGACAGUUCAUUUACAAAAGUUCAGAAUUCAUUAAACGACGAAUUCA